CUGUUCGCCACAGCUGGUGUCGGAAUUUCUGGAGGUGUGGUCUGCUUGCGGACCGCGUCGUCGGUGUCCUCGGCGCGGAAGCAGCAAGUUUCAGUAUCUUCUCACCAUCGCCAUCGCCAUUGCUGUUGCUGCCAGUUGCAGUCGCCGUUGAUAUCAGUCACUAUUGUCAUCAUUGUCUAUCGCUAUUGUCGUCGUCAUCACCAUCGCCAUCACCGUCGCCGUCGCUGUUGGCGAUAUUGCUACAUUGCUUUACUUUGCCCCCAAAGGAGGAUCGGGCAAGAAGGUAGAUGCUGGGGUCACCAACGCCCCAGAUGGCGAGGUUCUGGGACCUGCCAAUUUUCGGAAACCACCUGCCAGGACGCCAGGCCCGAGUAGCAAUGCCCUUUGCGAUCCCGACACCCUCGCCAAGGUCUGCCAGAUUUGGGACUUCUACUCUACCGAGAGAAUGGACUGCUACUCUACCGACAGAAGGGACCUCUACUCUACCGAGAAAAGGGUCAUCAGCGGUCUGCCUUCGAGACAGAUGGCUGCUCGGGGAAGCCGCAGGCUAUAGAGACGUAGUUUCUGAUCUGCUUCACCAGUCUGCAAGAAGCGCUAUACGACCGCCACCGGGCUUGUCCACCACCUCAUGUCCCAUUGCCUACGUUUUCAACCGCAACGAGAUCUACAAGCGUGUGAGGGCUCGGGGUCCUGGCGGGGUGAUCACCAUGACUCACCGGUGGGAAGGUUCACCAUCCUACAAGACUAACAGGCACUCAUGGAAUGGCUGUGCCUGCGAGUGCUAUCUCUGCCACCGGAAUUCACCACCCUCGGCGCCUUGAACCAGCACCUUAACUCGCAGACUCGUGAGUAUACAGCCAUUAUUCCCGCACCCUCCUGUCCUGUCGUCUAACUUCGUUUUCCUCAGACCAGAGCAGCCUCCACCACUGCUCCCAGCGCAAGAGUUCAAGAGCAUGGCUUCCCCUUUCAACU